GUCAUUGUGUUGUGUGUGCCUCUAGUGUCUCGUGUCUCCUCGGGCUUGAAUUGCCCGACGAAAAAAAGAAAGCAAUUGACUGACAGUGACACCCGACACUCAAUCAUCCUAUGGCUGCGCUAUCAAUACCCAUACCGUACUAUCGUUCUCACUCCCAUGCCCUGUACAUGCGCAGUAGCUUAUCCAUAUCUUGAUUAAAUCAUGGCUCCCCACUUCAUCGACGACAAAACUGAGAUUUGCCUCCCCUUCAUUCUCUCUCAGCUCAAACUCCACCGCGAAGAGUCUCCCGACCGCCCCUUCCUCAUCGGCCUCAACGGUAUUCAGGGCGCCGGCAAGUCUACCCUUGUCAAGGCACUGAGCAAGGCUCUUGAGAGCCAGCAUGUGCCCACCCUUGUCUGUAGCAUAGAUGAGUUCUAUCUCACUCGCCAGGAUCAGGUUGCCCUCGCUGAAGCCCACCCUGACAAUGCCCUUGUUCAGCAUCGUGGGGAGCCUGGAACUCACGACUUGCCUCUCCUCAAAGCCUUCUUUGAGGCAUUACUAAGAGGAGAGCCUACGAAGCUGCCAAAAUACGACAAGGCCAUCAAGGGUGGUAAAGGUGACCGCCUUCCAGAGUCCGAAUGGCUUCCUGUGAAUCAGCCAGGCCAGGAAAAGAUCCAGGCUAUCAUUCUCGAGGGAUGGUGUGUAGGCUUCCGUCCUCUGACCCGUGAGGAUGUUGAGGCGAGACUUAACAUGCCCAACCGAACUCUCAAACAACACAAACUCGAGGAUCUUCUAUUCGUGAAUGAGAAGCUCUCCGAGUAUGACUCCGUCACAGAUUCCUUCGACGCCUUCAUUCAAAUCGACGCAGAAGAUCUUGGCUACGUCUACGGUUGGCGAUUAGAGCAAGAAGAUCACUUACGUGAAGAAAGGGGUGACCCAGAAGCGGGGAUGACCUCCGUGGAAGUGGUCAAAUUCGUUGACGGUUACUAUCCUGCUUAUGAGCUCUAUACUGAUAGGAUGAGAAAAGGAGUUCUCGCCAACCGACCGGGCCGACAAUUGAGGAUGGUGGUAGGCCGCGACAGAAAAGUAAAACAUGUCCGACGAGUAUAAAAAGGGGGCACACGGCAACUCAUCUCACCACUCACAACCGAACAAACCAAACACAACAAAACUUCACGACAGACUAAUGAACCAUUCACGGCCCUGAACC